GCAAGAGCGCGAGAGACAAAAGGAAGGAAAUGGCUUGUCAUCUCCUGCUGACCGACUUCACUCUCCCUCUCAAAAGCCCCAAACUUUCUCACUCGCGCCAGCAGCGAAAAGGAAGGUCGAAUGGGUCGCGAAAAGUUUCUACCACCGUUGCUUACUAUGGGCUAAAGACCCCUCCUUAUAACCUUGAUGGUUUAGAACCUUAUAUGAGUAAGAGGGCAUUAGAGGUGCAUUGGGGUGUGCGUCAUCGUGGCUUUGUGGAAGACCUCAACAGACAGCUUCGGAAAAGUGACAUACUGUAUGGCUACACUAUGGAUGAACUUGUCAAAACAACAUUCAACAAUGGGAACCCUCUACCUGAAUUUAACAAUGUGGCUGAGGCGUGGAACCAUGACUUCUUUUGGGAGUCUAUGCAACCUGGAGGUGGGGAUAUGCCCAAACUUGGUUUACUUGGGCAGAUUGAAAAGGACUUUGGGUCUUUCACAAACUUCAGAGAGAAGUUUGUGGAAACGGCUCUUUCUCUAUUUGGCUCGGGCUGGGUUUGGCUCGUUUUGAAGAGGCAAGACAAACGGCUUGCGGUGGUGAAAACGUCGAAUUCAAUCAAUCCUAUUGUGUGGGAGGGCAUUCCCAUCCUCAAUUUGGAUAUGUGGGAGCAUGCUUAUUAUUUGGAUUACAAGAACGACAAAGCGAAAUACGUGAGCAUGUUUAUGAACCACCUUGUAUCUUGGAAUGCAGCAACGGUACGUUUGGCAUGUGCGGAGGCGUUCGUGAAUUUAGGCGAGCCUAAAAUUCUCAUUGCUUGAAAUGCCGAGUCUUUAACCUCUCUAAGCUCGUGACUAGGAUGCAAUCAGCAGAAGCCUUUCCACUUUUGAUUGCAGGAUUUACUCGAAACGUGCAAAUUAACCGCAACCCGUAUUUGCAGAGCUCCUUACCUAGGGGGUUUCGAACCUGAUAUCUGCUUCAUUGAACG